AGGGACCAAGCUUGUCUCGCCUCGACGGCAGAAGAGGUGGAGGGAGCGAUGUCGACGCCGGAUCAGAUGCGUCCGUUGUCCGGAAGGACCAAUCAAGCUAGCAGCGACGAGGAAUCCGGCAGCCCGCCGGGGCUCGGCCGUCAGAAGAGCCAAAGGCGCCGCCGCGCGCUCAUCAUCGCCGCGACAGUCAUCGUCCUGCUCGCGGUCGUCAUCACCACGCUCGCGCUUACCGUCUUCAAGGCUCGGGACCCGGAGCUGACGACGAAGUCUCUGACGUUCAGCGGGAUCCAGUUCGGGUUCCCCGGCGGAGUCAUGAACCUGACGGCGACUACCGUCGUCUCCGUCAAGAACCCGAACUACGUCUCCUUCGUGUACGACAAGAGCACGACGAGCAUCUCCUACAACGGGACGGUCAUCGGCGAGGCGCUCGCCCCGGCGGGGUCGGCUCCCGCCCGCCGGACGAUUCAGUUGUCCGUGACGGUCAACGUUAUGACGGAUCGGAUCAUGGGGAACGUAGGGCUCCUGGCCGCCGCUGCCCUGAUGAACAGCCCUCUCCACAUGAGCAGCGAGACCAGCGUUGAGGGUCGGAUCCGACUGGGCCUGAUCCGGAAGCACGUCAGGGUCCGCAUGAACUGCGACUUCGACGUCGCCGCCCUGGACCAGCAGGUUCGGAACAUGGAGUGCAAGCGGAACGUCAAGUUCUGAGAACGCGUCCUGGCAAGUAAAUUACCGGAGUAACCUUACGUUUUUUUUUUCUCUUUAUGUCCCUCUCAGCGAGCGGUUUUUCUGGUGCACUGAGGGCAAGUUAGUCAUCUUGUAACUUGUAGGUUUUCGUUUUCCUAAUAGAAUGAAUUCCAUCA